CUCGACUACACAAACAUGGCGAGCCAGGAGCAACAGCAACCCGAGAAGGCGCCCGCCGCGGCGCCCAACCUCGAUGAGGAGCUCAACCCGGACGGAACCCCGCUGUCGGACAACCAGAAGAAGAAGAGGGCAGCCAAGCUGGAAAAGGAGCGGAAAAAGGCAGAGACGGCUGCCAGGGUUGCUGCCGAGAAGGCGCAACGAGAAGCAAGCGAGCAGGACUUUGCUUCGCAAAACUACGGCGAGCUGCCAUUGAACCAGUCGCAGGAGCGGACAGGGCGCAAAUUCACCGACAUUGGCGAGAUCAGCGCUGCCUUGGACGGCAAGGAUGUGCUCUUCACGGCUCGCAUUCAGCAGUCGAGGUCUCCCUCUGCCAAGCUCGUCUUCCUGACGCUGCGUAAGCGAUUCGACUGUGUUCAGUGCGUUCUGGCUCAGGCACCCGAAAAGGUGUCGAAGCAGAUGGUCAAGUGGGCCAACGGCAUCGACGCAGAGACUAUCGUCCAAGUCGAGGGCACCGUAUCCAAGGUCGACAAGCCUAUCGAGUCAUCUACGGUGACAGUCAAGGAUGCCGAGGUCAAGAUCAGCAAGAUCCACGUCGUCUCUGGGCUCAAGCUUGACGAGCCCAUUCCCUUCUACGUCGAUGAUGCCGUGCGGUCCGACGCCGAGAUUCAGGCCUCGCAGUCGACCGACAGGCCAAUGGCAUUUAUCGGCAUCGACACGCGCCUCGACAACCGUGUCCUGGACCUGCGCACGGCCACGAACCAGGCCAUCUUCCGUAUCCAGCACGGCGUCUGCAAGCUCUUCCGCGAAUUCCUCGAUGACCGGGGCUUCGUUGAGAUCCACACGCCCAAGCUCCAGGCAGCAGCCACCGAGAGCGGAGCCAGCGUCUUCAAGGUCAGCUACUUCAAGGGCGACGCCUUCCUGGCCCAAUCUCCCCAGCUUCCCAAGCAGAUGGCCAUCUCUGCCGACUUUGGCAAAGUCUAUGAGAUUGGCCCCGUGUUCCGGGCAGAGGACAGCAACACGCCUCGCCACAUGACGGAAUUCACCGGCCUCGACCUCGAGAUGGCUUUCGACGAGCACUACCACGAGGUUCUCGACGUUCUCUCGGGCCUUUUCACCUUCAUCUUCCAGCAGCUUCCCAAGCGGUACAGCAAGGAAAUCGAGGUGAUCCGAAAGCAAUUCCCUGUCGAGGACUUCCUCGUCCCCGAUCAAAUGCCGCGGCUCGAAUUCCCCGAGGCCGUCAAGAUGCUGCGCGAGGCGGGCCAGGAGAUUGGCGACUACGACGAUUUGAGCACGGAGCAGGAGCGCGUCCUGGGCAAGGCUGUGCGCGACAAGUACAAGAGCGACUUCUUCAUGUUGGACCGGUUCCCGCUGGCCAUUCGGCCGUUCUACACGAUGCCCGACCCCAAGGACGACAAGUACAGUCUGUCGUACGACUUUUUCUUCCGCGGACAGGAGAUUCUGUCGGGCGCUCAGCGUGUCCACGACCCCAAGCUGCUCGAAGCGAGGAUGGCCGAGGCCAACAUUCCCGUCAGCGCCAUGAAGCCAUACGUCGACGCCUUCAGGCUCGGUUGCCCUCCCCAUGCAGGAGCAGGCAUCGGUCUCGAGCGUGUCGUCAUGUUCUACCUCGGCCUGGGCAACAUCAGGAGAGCAAGCAUGUUCCCCCGCGACCCCAAGCGGCUGGAGCCCUGAUUGCUUCCCAGCUCUCUACCCUUGUGAAUUGCAUUGGACCCAGUCUGUGGCUAGAAAGCAGGGGAAAGUAGAAAUGGCAAAUGAAAAGAAACAAGACGAAGGACCAUGCUCCUUUCUCACGUG